AUGCUACACGUGCUCACGUUCAAGGGCAUUCACCCUCGAUGUUUGGUAUCUGCGGCGCUGUCUUGCCCACGACGGCUCGCUCAAACUUCCUGCCCUUUGGCCUCUCCGUACUACAGUGCGUUCCUCCGCCUCAGCAACCUACCUAACCCUGUGAAUGCCUCGGGAGAAAUUCUGACCCUGGAUCUUGACAGGGGUGAAUAUUUUAAUUUUGCCACUUCUACUGCAACCGAACCCACCCUGCAGAUCGGAAGGCUGUACCUGGAAGAGUUGGUCCAGUUUAUCGAGCAGAGCCCAAAGGCUUCGCUGGCCUGCCACUGGAAGGAGUUCCUGCACCUGAUGCCUCAGCCAUUGUGUGAACCCAACAACAGACCUCGCAACUGGCAACAACUCUACAGUCUGGCUCAGGUUCAGAAGAGUCUGGCUCGCAUACAAGUCCUCGGCUACGACCAGAAGAUGGACGUGUACGGGUCAUUGCGGGUCACACCGGUCAGCUCUGGCUAUUGCUUGGGGAGCAGCAAACUGGGUCAUCACCUCCGACCAUGAGAAGAUCA